CUGGUGUUUAUAAGUUUAUAUAAGUUCAUUUAAUAUUCAGUCUUCUGUCAGUUUGGGCCAGCCCACCUUCUAGUGACAUCAUCCGGUUAGUAAGGUGGGCAGUUUAAUGUCGGAUGAGCAGUGUUGGUCUGGAGGGGUUGCACUAAUUCCUGGGGAAUGUUAUGUGUGCGUAAAUGACAAUGAAACAAGGAUAAGCCAAUAGCUGUGGGACCUUUUGCAGGGGAAAACUACAAGAGGGAAAAAAGGUCAUGAGGGAAUAAUUCAAAACAUCUGACAGGAAGCAGUGAAAACCAAGACGGAACGCAGUGUUACUGGAAAAAUGGAUAUGCCAUUAAACACAAAAUCAAGGAGCAAAAGUGGGAGCGGGAGUGACAGCACUAAAGAAAAAGAAGACACAGAUGUUAGUAUACAUCGUUCAGUGAUCCAGAGUACACCUCCAUUGCUUUUUAGAAGUUAUAGCCAUCCUCUUCUAAAAAAGAGAGAGUUUAAAUUGGCACAAGGCACAGGUUUUGGCAUUUGUGAGACUUUCAAUGCCUCGAUGCAUGACAGCGAGCAGUGUAACAUGUACAAUCCAGCACAGAAUAGAACAUUAAGAGCUGAACUAACUUCUUGGUCAAAGAAAGAUGAUCCACAAGAGUAUAAAAUGAAGGGAAAGAGAAGAAAAAAGACAAACAAAACAGGUCUGUUGGAAGACUCCGAUUUACUCCCUCAUGGUAAAAACAAGCAAAGUGAAAAAGAAAAGACAGAAAGCUUACUUUCAGAACCAAAUCAAGAUUACAAUCUAAAAAAAAAAUGAACAAAAAGAAUCAGAAAUGACAAACUGGUUUUCUGACAGUGCUUGGAAGCUUCCAAUGGCCGGCUUUGAGUCAGGGUUAGUGUACAGCCCCAUUGGGAUAACAGCAAGCACUAAAGCAAUGUAACAAGAAAUGUUUGAUCAUCAUGUAAAACAAUCUAGGCCAAGGAGAAUGUUGCAAGGAAGGAGUACGUUAAUGCAUUCUUGCUUAAUUCCUCGUGUUAAACACAAGCAAACACAGACAGAAAUAACAGGAAGCUUCCUUUCUAACACUUGUGAACAUUGCGUACACGUGUCUACAUGGGAGAUAAGAGAAAAUUUUCCAGCUACAGGUGAUGGGCUGAAAGUUAAUCACAUCAGAAGAGUUCCAAAACCAAGCCACUCUAAAUAUCCUCCUUCCUGCUCACUCUCUGUGACCUCUUUUAUUGAUGAAUCAGCAGCAGGUAGCAGCACUGCAAGUCCUGAGAGUGAAGAAAUUGUGACACACUGUAAUAUGAAGUCCGAAACCAUGGCAGAUGGUAAACCUUCAGGGACAUCUGGAUCUAGUGGGCUGUGCAGCAGAUCCUGCCUCUUGCCUUGUUCUCACAGCAUGGUCUCACUGAGCAAAAUACCCUGCACAAAGAACAACUUCACACAAGUAAACAGCUCACCUGAUAUGCUGUUAAAUGAGUUUACACCAGUUAUCACUGAUGAUUUUGAUGAUGAAAGCUACACUUUCCAGUGCUCCUGUCCAGGUCUGUACCAGUGCAGUGUGACCGGCCUGGUGUUUUUAAUGAAGGGAGAAGCAGACGUGGUUUACAGGACUGUCCCUUGGUACAGGAGGCUACUGACCCGACACCACAAGAAGCCUGCAGGACCCCUGUUUGACAUCAAAUGUCAGCAGCAGUCUGUGUGUCAGCUUUGUCUCCCACACUGUGAGCUCAUCUCCACAGGUGGAGGUCAGUUCUUGCAGGUCGCUCAUGUGAAGGAUGAUGGCAUCGAGUUCAUCACCCCUCAGCGGAUAACGGAAAGUCAUGUUGUUAUAAACAUCACAGGGUUUUCUGGUUAUGGUAAUGUGAAGGAUGAAGACUCUCCUCCUGACCCAGUCCAAGCUUUGGUUCUGCUCUUCUACAAACUCCCAGUUGAUCCUGAUCUGAGAUCCAUCCUCAAUGUAUUGUUGUUGCCAAGGAACAUCGUGAUCCGUGAUGUACAGCGCACCAGGAGGAAACUAAUUGGGGAUGAGAGGUACAUAGACACACCCCCUCAUUGCAAACUGCUUCCAAAGCAGGUUUACACUCUGUCCACUGUUCCUGAGGAUGACCUGAUUAAAGUUCAACCAAAAGAGAUAGAUUUUGAUGAUGAGUACCACGACAGCUACUUCACAUCUUUCCAGGUGAUUUUAAGAAUAGUCUUCAGAGAUAUUAGUCUGAGUCUGAAAGAAAAGAGCAGCUCCAUCUGUGUUUGGGAAAAAGAUCUAUGUAUUUUCUCCCCUACAGUGGAAACUAUAAAUCUUCCUCCUUCUGAGAGGCUGUUCAACAUACGAAGCUGCUUCAUUGAGGGGAUAUCAGGACCUGUUCUCAGCAGCCUGAUCGACAAACUGCUGGAGAAAACGGCAAUAACUGAUCCAGAGAGGGUAGAAGCAGACACGAUGAAAAACAAAAGGGAAAAGGCACGUUUUGUUAUUGAUACUGUGAGGAGUAAAGGUGAUGAUGCCAGUUCAGAGUUGAUAAAUAUUCUCCGUGAGCUUGACAAAAUCCUCUUUAAGCACCUCAGGUUAAACUGAACAGAUUUUUUUUGUUGCAUUUGUGGGAUGAAAGUGAAGCAAUUACCUGCAUGUGUGUAAAUGGUAAAAUUGCCUGUAUUUGUAUAGUCCCUAAGG